CAGCUACUAGCCGGCCGGUGAAGACGAGCGUUGGCAUACUGAAUAACCCGCAACGGGCAGUGUCGAUGGUAAAGUUCCUAUGAGCAUCUACCAUCCCUGAACGACAUCACUUGAGCCCUCACUGCCACUGCCACGGCCUCGACCACAGCUUGACGCCUUCAGCACAGCCUCUCUAUUCGCCCCAUUCCACUGCAUCAAAGGUCAAGCCACAGCUCUGCGAAUGUCCAUUGUUCAUUGAACUUCACAUAACCACAGCGUGCUGCAUCCUUGCGGCGCAACAACAGCCACACAACCAUGUCAGACUCAAAUCCUUUCAACCAAGACCAGGACACGCCCGUCCAAGGUCGCCGUAACAGGGCACCCACCAUCACCAUAGACACUUCAGCAGGCAAUGACCAAUCUUCAACAGGGCUGCACCCCUACCAGACUUCGCCCACUGAGCUGCGCCCAUCAAACUCGUUUGAUAACGAGAACAGCCGACCGACCUCUCCUCACAAUGUAUCAUCACCGACCUUCAACAACCAUCAGAACUUCCUCUCCGUUCCUCCGGCCCGCUCGCGCGCUGGUUCCUUCGACACACUCGGUGCAGAGUCCACAUCAACAGGCACAUACGUAAACUCAUCACCAGAACACGGUAUGCCCAAAGCCUUUGGCCCGCAAGACAGCCAUGGUGGUCCCGAAGUCCUUAGCGCCACCGAGGCAUUACAUCCUGAUCCCGGCACCGAGCCCGACUUCAGCAGAGAGAACAAUCCCUUCGCUUUCACUCCUGGUCAGAUGGGAAAAAUGUACAACCCCAAGAGUCUGGGCGCAUUCCAUGCCCUAGGAGGUAUCGCCGGUAUCGAGAAGGGUCUCCGAACAGACCGCAAGACUGGUCUGAGCUUGGAUGAACAACACCUUGAUGGUCACGUAUCGUUCGAGGAGGCCACUGACCACCAGAACCCCAACGCACAAUACCACUCGCAGGCCGGCAACGCUACUACACCUGGCUCGGGCGCCUUUGCUGACCGUCAUCGCAUCUUUGGCGACAACCGCCUUCCCGAAAAGAAGGCGAAGCCACUCUGGCUUCUCGCUUGGGAAGCAUACAAGGACAAGAUUCUCCUUUUGCUUACCGGAGCCGCCGUUGUCUCACUCGCUCUUGGUCUGUACCAGACUUUCGGAACCCCCCACGCCCCUGGUGUCCCUAGAGUGGAGUGGGUCGAAGGUGUCGCUAUCGUUGUCGCUAUUGUCAUCGUCGUCUCUGUCGGUGCCCUCAACGACUGGCAGAAGGAGCGUCAAUUCGUCAAACUCAACAAGAAGAAGGACAACCGCAUGGUCAAGGUCAUUCGCUCUGGAAAGACUCAGGAGAUUUCCGUUCACGACAUCUUCGCUGGUGAUGUCUUGCUUCUCGAACCUGGUGACAUGGUCCCAGUCGAUGGUGUGCUUAUCGAAGGUCACGGCAUCAAGUGCGACGAAUCUUCUGCAACCGGUGAAUCUGAUAUUAUCAAGAAGAGCGCCUCUGAGGAGGUGUGGCGCGCCAUGGAAGCCCAAGAGCCUCUUAAGAAACUCGAUCCUUUCAUUCUUUCUGGAGCCAAGAUCACCGAGGGUGUGGGCAAAUUCCUCGUCGUCGCUACUGGUGUGAACUCGAGUUACGGAAAAACCAUGAUGUCUCUUCGCGAGGACAACGAGGUUACCCCUCUGCAAUCCAAGCUGAACGUUCUGGCCGAGUACAUUGCCAAACUUGGUGGAGCUGCCGCACUGCUGCUGUUCGUCGUUCUGCUCAUCAAGUUCUGCGCAAAGCUGCCCAAUGACGAUAGAAGCCCAUCGGACAAGGCACAAAACUUCCUCAACAUCCUGAUUGUCGCUGUCACCAUUGUUGUCGUAGCAGUCCCUGAGGGUCUGCCCUUGGCAGUCACGCUGGCCCUGGCCUUUGCUACCAAGCGUAUGACUAAAGAUAACAAUCUUGUUCGUGUGCUCAGAUCCUGCGAAACCAUGGGUAACGCUACCACAGUCUGCUCCGACAAGACCGGUACUCUCACCCAAAAUGUCAUGACUGUUGUCGCUGGCACUGUCGGAACAACUUCCCGCUUUAGUGGCAAGAGCAGCAAGGAUCAGGAGAGUCAAGGUGCCGUCGACAGCUUGGAUACCACCGAGUUUGUCAGUACCCUGGGCGACAACGUAAAGGUUCUCAUGAAGGACUCGAUAGCGCUGAACUCCACUGCCUUCGAGGGUGAAGAGAAUGGUAAGCCCACUUUCAUCGGCUCAAAGACCGAGACUGCUCUCCUGUCCUUUGCCCGCGACUUCCUUGGUAUGGACUCCAUUAUCACUGAACGCUCAAACGCCGAGCUUGUUCAAUUCAUGCCUUUCGACUCUGGUCGCAAGUGCAUGGGUGUUGUCCAGAAGGUUGGCAACAAGUACAGACUCUAUGUCAAGGGUGCUUCUGAGAUCAUGCUGAGACAUGCUACAAUGAUCAUCAGAGACCCUAGCAAGGGUGUCGACGCCGUGUCCAUCUCUAACGACAAUGUCACGACUCUCAACCAGCUUAUCGAGACCUACGCAUCUAACUCUCUCCGUACUAUCGGGUUCCUUUAUCGCGAAUUCGAACAAUGGCCGCCAAAGAACGCUCGCAGACAAGAGGAUGACAAGACUCAAGCUGUCUUCGAAGAUAUCCUCAAGGACAUGACCUUCCUCGGUGUCAUUGGUAUCCAGGACCCUCUACGCUCCGGUGUAACAGAGGCUGUCAUGGAUUGCCUUACUGCUGGUGUCUUCCCCCGUAUGGUUACUGGUGACAACAUUUUGACUGCAAAGGCUAUUGCUACUGAGUGCGGUAUCUUCACCACUGGAGGUGUCGCUCUUGAAGGACCUGUCUUCAGAAAGAUGUCCAAGCAAGAGCAGUUGGCCGUUAUUCCCAAGCUCCAAGUCCUAGCAAGAUCUUCUCCCGAUGACAAGCGUGUUCUCGUCAAACGUUUGAAGGAGAUGGGCGAAACAGUCGCGGUCACUGGUGAUGGUACCAACGACGCUCCUGCUCUUAAAGCCGCCGAUGUCGGUUUUUCCAUGGGUAUCGCUGGCACAGAAGUCGCAAAGGAGGCAUCCGACAUCAUUCUCAUGGACGACAACUUUGCUUCCAUCAUCAAGGCACUCAUGUGGGGUCGUGCAGUCAACGACGCCGUCCAGAAGUUCUUGCAGUUCCAAAUCACCGUCAACAUCACCGCCGUCUUGUUGGCUUUCGUGUCCGCCGUCGCCAGUGACGAAGAGGCUUCCGUCCUGACUGCAGUCCAGCUGCUUUGGGUCAACCUCAUCAUGGACACGUUCGCUGCUCUCGCUCUCGCCACCGACCCUCCCACUCGCAACAUCAUCAACCGCAAGCCCGCUCCCAAGUCCGCACCUCUCAUAACAUUGAACAUGUGGAAGAUGAUCAUUGGCCAAGCAAUCUUCCAACUUGUCGUCACUUUCGUCCUGUUCUUUGGCCAGCACCGCAGCGACGAUGGCGGUCUGCUCAGCUACAGCGACGACAACGAAAGAGAAAGACUUAACGCCAUGGUCUUCAACUGCUUCGUCUGGUUCCAGAUCUUCAACAUGUUCAACAACAGACGUCUUGACAACAAGUUCAACAUUUUCGAGGGCGUCCAACGCAACCAAUUUUUCAUCUUCAUCGCGCUCAUUAUGAUUGGCGGACAAGUUAUGAUCAUGUUCGUGGGAGGUCGUGCUUUCAGUGUCCAGCGUCUUACUGGCGAGGAGUGGGCCUACUCUGUCGGUCUGGGUGCCAUCUCUCUUCCGGUUGGUAUCAUCAUCCGUCUCAUUCCUGAUGAGCUUGUUGCUCGUCUGGUCCCUGAGUGGGUCAAGCGCAAGGCAGCCCCUAAGCUUGUUGUUGAGGAUGAGGAGCGACCAUUCGAAUACACCCAGGCCCUUCUCGACAUCCGUGAUGAGCUUGCCUUCAUCAAGAGAUUCAAGGGCGGUCGUCUCAACCAGAUCAAGUUCACACUCAAGCACCCCCGCGAAGCCCUUCUGCACUCCCGCUCGGCAUCUCGUUCGCGUAGUAGCAUGUCAUUGCCGCAAACACCCAACGGCGAGCACAGCGAAGGAGAAGCACAGUCACUUGCACCUCCCACUCCCGACUCGCGCCGCCGCUCGCGUGGCCGUUCGCGAUCAAACUCUGCAUUCGCCGGAGCUGCUAUGGCUGGUAUUGUCGCAGGCAGUAUCGGCGCUGCAUGGUCCCCGAUAGAACGUGGUCAUGGUGAUAACGACAGCAUGAAGUUUGCUCGUGCCAGAUCGCGAAGUGAUUUGAGCCGUGAGAGCGGUCUCGACAUUCACCCUGACACCAAGCCGCAAGAUCCUGUUGUAGUUCAGCAGAAGGUUGAUGGCCACCACCCACCUAGUCAAUCCAACGACACUACUCCUGCUUUCGGAUCAGGGCCUUUCGGCGGACAGCCUGAUGUCAAGGUCGACGACAGCACUAAGAACUGAGUUGUCUUGACAAAAUGGCUCUGACUGUAACAAUGGCUUUGAGCGAAUGGGUCUCUUUCUUGUAUUCUUUUUCUUGUCAUUACUUUUUCUAAACUGGGGACGACUGGCGUUUUUAGCAACCAUAGAUAUCCUCUCUGUUUUCGUUUUCGGUCAAACAUGACUUAUGGGAAGGGCAAAAUUAUUGUUUCUCCUACUUUAAUACUCUUGUUUCCACCCCUGAUUUGCUUGCUUUGAUCACUUUUUGUGUUUUCUUCGAAUGUCACUGUGCUGACGAGCGGUCUCAAACAAAAGCUAGCACAUUAUUCAAUCAAUUGAUCAGAAAAUCAGCUUGC